GUGCUUGUCAAAUAGUGAAAAACUAUACCUAGCAGUGACAUCAGUAUAGUCUUAACACUGCUGGUGAUUCAAGUUUAACAUUUAUUAUUGUUGAUUAUGGAGACCGAUACAAAGGAAAGUCCUGCUGUAAAGGAGCAACAAGGUGACUCCCAGGAGUUAAUUUUGAAAAUAAGGAAUCUUGAAACAGAAAACAUGAUAAUCCGUGAGGAGUUUGGUAUCCAGAGAGGCAAAAUGAAAGAACUAUUUCUUCAGAAAGAAGAAGAAUUAAAACGGCAGCAUGAGGAAAAAAUUGGCUUGCAAGAUGAGAUACAUAGAUUACAAAACGAAUUGGAUGAAGCUAAGAGCCAGCUGACGGUAGCUGAUCUCAAGGUAGAAAAUGAUAUUCUUGUUGAAAAACGUAAGGCACAGGAAGAAAUUGCUACAUUAGAGCAACUGAUCCAAGAAACAGUUGAAGAAUCAUCCUGCUCUCGGAACCAGCUUGGGGAUGAGCUACGUAAAAUGCAGUCAGCAUUUCGUAAACUUGAAGUGGAAAAUGCCUUGCUGCGUUCUCAGAUAUCUCGAGAACCAGCUGAUGGACCUCAAAUAUCUCUGUCAACUGUUACCAAAACUCUUGCUAGAAAAGUAGUCUCUCAACUAGGAGCGGACUCCUUGUCACUAGGACCUGAUAAUGUUGAAGAAAGCUUGCGGAAGGUAAACAAAUAUGCACAAGAAGAUGCCGAGAUGCUGCGUUCGUUAGUCGGACCAUUGGAAGAAGAGAUAAAAGCAUUGAAAGAAAAACUAAGAGCAACUGAUGAUGAAUUACAAAAAUUUAAAGAAACACAGGCUCAAAAAAGGCUGCUAAUAGAAUCAGGAAAUGCGGAGGCCUCGUGCGAUAUGUGUGCCAAUUAUGAGGCGCAGCUUGUAAAGAUGCAAGCUGCAGAAAAAGACUUUGAAAAACAAUUAGCGGAUGCGGAUCAUCUGUUAGAAAUUCAAAAAGAAGAUCUUGUUAAGGAGGUUGAAUUCCGUAAGGAAAUGGAAGAAAAGUGGAAUGAAAAAAAAGAAGAGCAUAAAAUCAAAGUAACUGAGCUCACUGCUGCUUCUCAAGUUUCUCAACAAGCCCUAUCGGAUCUAAAGCAAACUUUGGCUCAAAUGCACCAUGGUAUUACCGAAGAAUUGAGCAGAUUGAUCCAAGAGAGAGAAGAAGUACAGAGACAUCUCAAUGCCUUACAGAAAGAGAAUGAAAACUUGAUAGGAAAACACAGUAAACAUUCCCUGCAACUACAAAGUGAAUCAAUCAACAUGCCAAAUAAUGUUGAAGAGCUACAUGUCACACUUUUGAAAAUGCAUGAAGAUUUAAUCGCCGCUAAAGUUGCAGAGGAAGUAGCACAAGAGAAAGAAGAAACUUUGCGUUACGAAGUGACCCUUCUGCGUGAUCAAAUAGAUCAUGAUAAUCAGACACGGCUGCAAACAGAGUCUACUAUGUCGGAGGAAAUCAGACAACUUAAAAUACAACUUGAAAAUUAUAAACGAGAACAUCAGACGCUUUAUGAACGAAAAGAAAAACUAAACAGGCUUGAAGAACAGUUGGAAAGUAUAACGAAAGAAAAGCGGGAAGUAGAAUCGGCGAACGCGGAGCUUCGACAAAGGCUAACUAGUCUCCAGCAAGAAUUAGACACUAGCGAAGAAGUACAAAAGGACUUUGUUAGGCUAUCGCAGUCGUUGCAGGUUCAAUUGGAGAGAAUAAGAGAAGAUGGCAGCGAAGUGAGAUGGCAGCAUGAUGAAGACAUCGACGAAUGUCCGAAUUGUCGUACCGGGUUUACAGUUACGAGAAGAAAGAUGCAUUGCCGUCAUUGUGGCCAUAUAUUUUGUUCCACUUGUUUGUCGCACGUUGUAAACAGCGGACCUAAACAACGACCUUCAAGGGUUUGUGACGUGUGCCAUACCUUACUAGUUAGAGAUACAGCUCCCUACUUUAGUCAAGAAGCACCGCAUCUGCCAGAAUAGGAAUUUCUAGGGAAGUAUGUGGUAAUAUCUGGUGAAACGUGCAAUAUCUAAUAGGUAUGUGCAUGAGUCUACCCAUAAAUAGGACUCAAUAGACUCCAACCAAUAAUAGCAAAAUAAAUCUGCCAGAAAGCCAUAAAAAAACAGAAAUAGAACCCGCGUGGUAUAGAAUCCAAAUAAUGGUCUAUUUGAUGUUGAUGACAUAUUAUUUCAAUAAAUUUUCAGACAUUCUAAAAAUAUUAACAUGGAAGGUAGAUGAAAAUAUUCUAUGAUCAUUGAGGGAGUGGAAAAAUUAUGUAAAUAUCGCUAGAGUACCUAUUAUUUUUAACUUAUUUAAAUGUUACCCAUCAACGAUGUCAGGUAUAUGUUGAAUAAAUUAUUGGGUUUAAGAGCCGA